UGUGGCUCUGCGUUCAGAAAUGUCAGUACUAUCCCUUUAAAAGUCACAUUUCCGGGUUUUGGAUAGCCAAUCAGAGCGCCUUAUUUUCUGACGCCUGCUCAGUUAUCUCUCCGCGGCUGUAGUUGUUUCGGCGGCGACAUCAAUUUUGGAAACCAACAUAAACCAUGGCAGAAGAUCACACAGGCAUGGACCAGAGCAGGGAGAGCCAUACAGCUAUGGAGGAUACCGAGAGGUCCAACACGGAGAAGUCGUCUAAACAGAAAGUGGAUCUUCAGUCUCUCCCAACACGGGCAUAUCUGGACCAGACUGUUGUGCCAGUCCUUCUACAGGGGCUCUCUGUGUUAGCCAAAGAACGGCCUCAUAAUCCCAUUGAAUUUCUCGCUGCACAUCUCCACCAGAACCAGUUUCAAUAUGAGGACCGCAUCUAACACCUCUGAAGAAACUACACUGGUCGACUUAUCAUCAGAGACAAGCUGUGUGUUUUCAUUUAGCAUCUGAAUUGUAAAGUUUUUUUUCCAAUACUGUAUGUACCGGCUGGAGUAUACUGAUUUCUUAUUAUUUUCAAUCAUACAUGUUUGUUGAACAAACGCUUUUUAUUUUCUGUAAUUGACUGUAUGUGUUAGUUCCCCACAUAUUCCCAUUAAAUACCCAUGACUGAUA